UUGCUUGCUGGCUUUGCACUUUCGCUGUCCUUGACGCUCCUUGUUUCUCGCGUCUCACCGACAGUGGCGGGCGAAGCAGCCUUCUCGGAAGAUGAAGACAGCCAGAGCUUCUUCUCUGUCCCUACAGAACUGGUUGAGUCGCAACCCACGACGCGGCCACGACGUGGGGGCCUGUACCACUGCGAGUUCUGCCUUUACACCAGUCCCAAUCAACACGAUGUCGCCAGGCACGAAAGGACACACACAGGAGAGAAGCCUUUCCGCUGCUCUGUCUGCGAGAUGGCAUUUGCUCAAAUCGGUACCUUACAGACUCACAUGAGGACUCACACGGGAGAGAAACCAUUUCGCUGCGAGGUUUGCCAGAAGUCGUUUGUAAAAAAUAGUCGCCUGGUGAUUCACAAAAGAGUCCAUACGGGUGAGAAACCGUAUGAGUGUGACAUCUGCGAGAAAACAUUUUCGGAUCAAUCCAACUUGUUGAGUCAUAAACGAACCCACAGCGGGGAGCGGCCUUACAAGUGUGAAGCGUGUGGGGAAGCAUUUGGCUCCAAAACCCAUUUAGGUAGGCAUAGAAAAAGAAUGCACAAGUGAAAAAUCUUAGCCAUGAGAUUUCUGGAGGUCAUUCGUGUGGAAGAGUUUUCAUGUUUUACCGUGUGUUUCACUGCCUGUAUGUUGUUUGUUCACGUGAAGUUGAGAAACAGGGAUAUUCAUCAGUUCUAAAUGUUAUCAGUUGCGGUAGGCAACAGCUGCAGUACUGCUUAGCAGCAUUUUCUUUUAAUGGCUGUUGUAUAGAGUUUUGCUGCUUUUAUCUUUGGUAAUAUUUUUGUUUUAUGACUUGUAGAGCUACUUUUAACUUAAUUUUGAGUGGAUGAGGAGCAUUGGGACUUACUAAGGCACAUUGAAUUCUGUGUAUAAAAUUUUGUGACGACAUUUUGAAAAGCGGUUCCACCAAGUUCUCUGGAUUUCCUCACAUUUUGACCUACAUUUGCCACAUAGCUCUAGUUUGAAUUGUGUUCCAGAAGUUCUAAAAAGAAAUGUGCCUGUUACUGUAUUCAUCUGUUCUUUGUGGAUUCAGUGAAUCGCAAAUAAACUACCUACCUAGCUAAA